CCAAUCUAGAAGAUCAAAAGUAUUUUUUUUUACUUUAGACUAAAUUCAAGAGAGCAGAUUUAUUAGGAAAGCAGUUUGCAAAGUCAUUUGAAGAAGGUGAUAUGAUAGAAAUUCAAUGCUUCUUUACAGGGCAGCAAUAGAGAAUAGACCUCAACGAAUAUUACUUGAGCACAAAACAGAGUAUAGUUUAAGUCGGUAUUUUGGGUGCAAAUUGUAUUAUGGUCGUUCGAAUUUAGGAUACUUUAAUGCCAGCUCUAUGUUUGACCGUUUGCUGGUUAUCUUCGACGUAAGUGUAUAGUUUAGUGUCAUUCUGCAACGCAUCUCUAAGCUUAUAAACAUUGUCCUAAGAAAGAAAUAAUAUCGCCACUUUUGGUUGAUAUUCUUCACAUUAUCAUAUGGAUGUCGGGAGGUUGUCUGUGAUGACUCAUACCUAGUUACAUCAGUUGUUGGAGAUAGGGUUCAUAUGACACCGUCUUCUGACUCUCACUUUUCGUGAAUAAUACAUAAUAAUGCAUUCUAUCAGCCUUGUGACAAAUUGGAGAUAUACGAUCAAGUGAAAUGACAGGUUAAACAUAGUGCGCUUACCGUGUCCUAGCUAACUCUCAAUUACUCAAAUGAAUAUUGUCUAAGAAUUUAUUUUUAAUUUCUAGGGAGUGCCAAGUAGUGGCGGCGCCAGGGGUGGGCUGAGCCCACCCGAAAGGAACCCACCGAUAAAUACUAUUGCACAAUUAAGUACAAAUACAAAACAUUCCAACUGUUCUUCGGCAGUUCUUUAUCAAACCGAUAAUCGAAUAGCUCAUAUUGUUCUAAACAGGCCCAAUGUCUUGAAUGCCAUCAAUGAUGCAAUGCCCGAAGAACUAGCGCAUUACGUAGAACAAGCUAAUAAUGAUCCAUCCGUACAUGUAAUUGUUUUAUCGGGUGCGGGUAGGGCAUUUUGUUCAGGAUACGAUUUGACGUAUUAUGCUCAAAACAAAAAUAUAACAGCUGUACAAGAAAUGCCAUGGGAUGCCAUGAAAGAUUAUUCAUUUAUGAAACGUAACACAGACUAUUUUAUGUCUUUAUUCCGAUCAUUGAAACCCGUGAUUUGUAAAAUACAUGGUGAUGCACUGGCUGGUGGAAGUGAUAUAGCUUUAUGUUGUGAUUUCAUUAUUAUGGCUAAUGAAGCAUAUAUUGGAUAUAUGCCGGCACGCGUGUGGGGUUGCCCCACUACUGCCAUGUGGAUAUACAGGCUUGGCGUGGAGAAAGCAAAACGUAUGUUGUUGACGGGCGAUAAGAUCAAUGGAGUGGAAGCGGAAAAACUUGGACUUGUAUUAAAAUCUGUGCCAGGUGAACAGCUUAACAAUGAAGUUGAAGCACUGGCUGAUCGUAUGACAAGUGUACCGAUUAAUCAACUUAUCAUGCAAAAAUUAAUGAUUAAUCAAGCAUUAGAAAAUAUGGGUUUAACAACAUCUCAAAUGUUUGCCACGCUAUUGGAUGGAAUUGCACGUCAUUCUCCAGAAGGAGUUGCAUUUAAACAACGAGCAGAAAACGUAGGAUGGAAAACAGUUGUACAAGAAAGAGAUUUUGGCACAUACGAUUGGACAGCUGAUAAACCACUAGAAGAAAAUAAUACUAAAAAUCGUUGA